AUGGCUACCAAGAACGAAAUCGCUGCUGAACACGGUCUCGCAGGACACGAUUCCCACGUCACCGACGGCACCUACACCAACGGUAACAAUGGCAACAAUGCCGCACCUGGAUAUACAGGUGGUGGAGGACCCAUGGCAAGGUUCAUCACUCCAGGUGGUCAUCCAGUAGAUACCAGUCAACCUGCUUUCCCAGUGUUCCACAGGAAGUUUGCCAAUCCUGCUCCAUUGGGUUUAUUGGGUUUCGCCGGUACCACCCUACUCUUGUCAUUCAUCAACGUCUCAGCUAGAGGUGUCACGGUACCCAAUGUAAUUCUAGGUAUGGCCCUAGGUUACGGUGGGUUGGUUCAGUUAAUUGCCGGAAUCGAAGAAUGGGCUUGUGGUAAUACGUUUGGUGCUACCGCUUUCUCAUCUUACGGUGGUUUCUGGUUAUCUUUUGCCGUACUCUACAUUCCCCAAUUCGAAGUCACCGCCGCCUACACCGACAAAGGAAUGCUCGCCAAUGCAUUGGGUUUCUACCUCGCCGUAUGGGGUAUCAUCACUUUCUUGUUCCUUAUCGCGUGUCUUCGAUCUUCUAUGGCUCUGGUAGGCGUGUUCUUCUUCUUGGAUAUCACCUUUUGGCUCUUAGCCGCUGGUGAAUUCACUGAAUCAGCCACGACCCACAAAGCAGGUGGUGCUUUCGGUAUUAUCACCGCUUUUGUCGCCAUGUACACCGCUUUAGCAGGUCUGCUCACCAAAGAUACUUCUCACUUCUUGAUCCCCGUUGGAGAUCUCGCAAGAGUAGGUAAAUAA